AUGGCGAAGACUAGAGGAGGCCUUUCCGGCUCCCCAUCCUCACCGACACCUCGACCACAUCGAGCCGCCAUGGGAGCCGCAGCUUCGCCACCUGUUCAGGCCCCGGCCAUUCCCCCAUCUGAGGGGGAAGCCCCUUCUCAGCGCCGAUACCCCACCAGGAGACCACCCACGGACCCUGUGCCACCAGCCAAUCAAGCCACGAGCUCUGUUUCUCGGCCACCAGCGAAGAGAACCAAGUUCUCGGGUCCUGGAGAGCCAUCCCACGCACCUCAGUCAGAGCCACCUACAGAGGACUCUCGGAUUCCUGUGGGGAUUACUCCUGAGACCGUUAUCAGGCGUCCCAUGAUAGCCGGACCACCGAUAGAGGGCAACUUGGAUUGCAGAGAUCGAUCCUUCCAUUCCGAGACCUACUUUGAUACAGAGGGAGCCCCAGCUGUGCUUGCACCCCCAGAGCUACCCCAAGAUGAGCAGAUGCCUCAGGCCCAGCAGGAUGAGAUUCUCACAGAGACCACACCUCCUGCCCCUACAGCACACCCCUCAGAGCAUAUUCCUGAGCCUAUACAUCCUAUUUCUCCUAUCACUUCGGGUCGACAAUUUUCAUUCUCUCCUACUAAAAUGAUUGUUUAUGUGUUGUAA